AUGCCUCUUCAACAGACGUGUACUUCCCUGCCGUACCUGAAGCAAACCGAGAUGCCGAGUCCCUUUGGCGAACCCCCGAUAGGCGUCAAUCUGGGCGAGAACCACACCCCUCGAAACAAUGCCACUGUGGUCUGUAUGUUCGGGCUUGCAGCGGUGGCAGUUGCUCUGCGAGUGAUUGCGAGAAUCAGGGUUCAGCAUUCCCCAACUGCAGCUGACGAUUGGUUUAUUUUCGCAGCAAUGGAAAAGCUUUCCGUCAUGGCAACCCUGACCUGCACCAUCCUGGGGGGCACUUAUGGCCUGGGAAAGCAUGUCUGGGUCGUUCCUCUUGAAAAUGUGAUUGUCGUCAUGCAGGCACUCUUCGCAUAUGUUUUUAUCUAUCCCUUCACCAUUCCCCUGAUCAAAAUGUCAAUCAUAUUCUUUUGUCAACGCAUAUUCGGUAUGAACGGGACCAUAUGGUUCUGUACUUUCCUCACUUUGGGCUACUGCGUUGCCUGCACGAUCGCAUUCCUAUCCUGCUGUCGCCCGCUUUCAUACUACUGGACCCAAUACCGAGACCCGACUGGAGGCAAAUGCAUCUUCGACCUAUAUCCCUUUUAUAUCGGGAACGCGGUGGCCAACGUGGUCACCGACGUCAUCAUCUUGCUUGUUCCGAUUCCGUUGAUCUGGAAACUCCAGAUGCGGAAGACAUUGAAGGUGAUGAUCUCGUCGAUAUUCAUCCUCGGGGGAUUUGUCUGCAUCGUAAGCCUCGUCCGAAUCUACUUUAUGACGUUCCUCACGUCUUCCGUUGAUAUCACCUGGAUUAUGGCCGACGUGUUCAUCUGGUCCAGCGUCGAGCCUUGCGUGGGAGUUCUCUGUGCCUGUCUUCCGACCAUCAGACCUCUGCUGCGGUCAGCUUUCCGGCGUCUUUUGGGAUCACUGAAAGCUGAGCGAACGUUCGGACCAAGCAGCUCCAAUGAGGAUGUUAAUGAGCUACACCGUCGCCAGUAUUUUCAACGACCAGUAUAUAUCGGACCCUGUUCCCCUCUAGAGGCUACCGUACGUUCUAAAGAUAAGGAGAUGGUGCUCCUCAAAUCCGUUACUAAUGUUAAGAUAAUCGGGUCAUUUCACGAUGAGACUUCUCACGAGGAUUGCGACCAUGAUCCGCUUUCUAUCAAAGUAAGAAAGGAAUUUCAAUGGAAGGUGGAGCACCAAUGA